AACCCCCAAUGAUAUUUACAAGAAGAAUUCAAAAGUUCUCAAAAUCAUACCAGCAAAAAACACUCCUUCGCAUCAAAAAAUGGCUUCAAAGUCUUUUUGCUUCUUCUUUUUAGUGUUGUAUUCAUGGGUUUUUGUGGGGUUUUCGCAGGGCGGCGGCAGUAAUUUGCCAUGCAUGCAAAAGCUACUUCCAUGCCAACCCUAUUUGAAGUCAUCUUCUACACCACCACCAGCUUGUUGUGUCCCACUGAAGCAGAUCAUAGCCGACGAUAGUAAGUGUCUUUGUGCUGUAUUUAACAAUCCCGGAAUCAUGAAAGGCCUCAAUGCAACACAAGAGGAUGCUCUCAAUAUGGCAAAACAUUGUGGUUCUAAUGCUGAUGCAUCCGGUUGCAAAACAGCCUCUACGCCAACUGUUUCACCAUCUCCACCUUCUUCUAAUAGUAGCCCCCCUGCGAAAAGUUCAGCUUCUGUGCUCUCUUAUUUUGGAGGAUCCGAUUCCCUUCCACUCGCAGCGGCGGCCAUUCUGAGUUUGAUUGCAUCCAUAAUAUUCUAGAGAAUUUUCCAUUUCAAUCAAAUUUAACUUUGCCAAACAUCUGGAUUUGUUUUUAGAGUUAUUUGUUCAAGACUAUGUAUGAUGUUUUCCCAUAAAAGCACAAUGGAUCCUUCUACCUAG